UGGUUACGGAGAGGAGGUGGCAGAUGCCUCUUCGAAACAGCAGUGGACUGUCGUCUACCAGGGGCCUGGUUUUUCUCUCAUACUGCUAAAAAGCAGCUGUUGGGAUGCCAAAGAAGUUCCAGGGUGAGAACUCCAAGGCGGCCACAGCCAGAGCCCGCAAGGCUGAGGCCAAGGCAGUGGCAGACGCCCGCAAGAAGCAGGAGGAAGAGGAUGCCCUCUGGCAGGAAACUGACAAACAUGUACUCAAAAAAGAGCAGAGAAAGGAUGACAAGGAGAAACGGAGGAUGGAACUCCUCGAGAGGAAAAAGGAAAACCAGCGACUUCUGGAUGAGGAGAAUUCCAGGCUGAAAGGCAGAGCCCAGAGGGAAGCUGCAGCUGGUGGAAAAGUGACGCGUGCCCAGAUCGAGGAGACGCUUCUGAAUGAGCAGCAGCAGCAGCAGCAGCAGGGGCUCAACCCGAAAGAAAAGAGCCACCUGGAGACUCCGCUGGAGGAGAACGUGAACAGAGUUAUCCCUGAGGAAGGAACCGUGGAAGCCAGAACAAUAGAAGAUGCUAUUGCUGUGCUCAGCACGGGACCCGAGGACCUGGACCGCCACCCAGAGCGGAGGAUGAAAGCGGCAUUUGUUGCCUAUGAAGAGGUGAACAUGCCUCGUCUAAAAAUGGAGAACCCCAACAUGAGGCUGUCUCAGCUGAAGCAGCAGCUGAAGAAGGAGUGGGCUAAGGCGCCAGAGAACCCCCUGAACCAGCGCUUUGCCACCUACAACUCAAAGUGAACGCACUCUUUCGCCCGUAACUCCACUUGAAACUGUCUGCCUAUGCACAUUGGAGACUUCCAUUGGAAAAUUUAAUAGUUUCAUUGAAAAGACGAGUCUUGCUGACGAGAGCUUCACCACCACCUGCCCAGAAACAAUCUCUCCAGUGCCAGAGGACUCAUUCACUAGCGAGGAGAAGCUCGUUUCCACCUAUCAGAGUAACAGCUGAUCAUCACGUUUGUGCACAUGGCCUCUAAUUAGGCAUCUCAGCUUCUAAUACAUUUACUUACAUCUUUUUUUUUUUUUUUUUAGCACUUCGGGCUAGGUGGGAAGCCAGAUGUUUAGAGAGUAACUUAUUAAAGUUCACUGCUCGAUCAUCAA